AUGUACAAAAUGGAUCAUGAGAAAUGUGAAUCUAUCUUGAAAGGUUUCAAACUAAAUUGGAUGAACUUGCGUGAUGCUGAUUCUGGGAAAAUUCUUUGGCAAAGCACCGAUGAUUUCUCUAUUCCUGAAAUAGAACACAAAGCUCAUGUACCGAGGAAAAUUCUCAAGUGCAAAUCAGUUUCUCGCGAAAUCAAUUUUUCCUCAAAAGAGCAGUUAGAAAAUUUCUGGCUUGAACAAGAAGUAUUUCUUAGAGAUCAAUCGAUUGAAAUUCAUACCGGAAGUCCAAUGUCAUCAGGCUUCAUUCUAAGUUCUUUAAAUCUAAACUACUAAUUUGGAAUUCAAACGGUCUAUUUUUCCAACUUCAGCUAAUUUAGGACAAUGUAUGAACAUUAUGUUUCACGUUUCCAUAUAAUUGAACUAAAUCUUAAAAAUGAAGUAAUUCUCACCCAAUAUAAAAACUAAACAAAUAAUAACUAAUAAACUAAUUAUUAAAUCAUGUAUUAUAGUAAACGAGAAGACGAGUGGGAAAAAUCGAAUGCAUUUAGACACAAAAUUACAGAAUAUCUGACUAAAAUCUGAUAACCAUACAAUAAAUAGUUAAUUUGCAAACUAUCAAUCAAUUGUCUCAAUCUUGACUGUUCCUUCUGCAAAUAUCAGUCCAUCGUCUCCGAUUUUAUUGUUCAUGCAUUUUCAUACCAAUUGCGUUUCGUUAUCGAUCUUCUGCCGAAAUACAUUCAAUGCCCGACCACCGUUAUAUGCUACUUAUGUGGAUAUAAGUAACCCACACCACAGUAUCAAUUGACAUAAUGGAAUUUUAUCAAAGUGUUUUUUAUUUGUUAUGGAUUAUCAGUUGUGUUAUUUACUUUCAUUAACGGAGGUCUAAAAAUUUAAUAUUCAUU